AUGGCUCCCCAGAAUCUUAAUCCGCCUUCCCUCCCCCCCACCGUCGAGGAAGCCUAUCGUCGCAAGUGUAUCCAAUUGAAGGAGCGCACCAAGGAGAUCGAAGAUGAGUCGAGAGCCUAUCAGCUACGACUUAACAGACUCCAGCGCCAAGUACAAAAGCUACGCCUUGAGCGAGCAUUCCUCCUUGAGCAAGUCGCUAAGCGCACAAGUACCAAUGUGGAGGACUCUGAGGGUAGCCCAAGCCCACCGCCGACCCCUAAGGACAAGCCGUUGCGGACCAAACGUGGUCACCGGAAGCCUUCAUUGCUACCAGUCAAUGAGCCUGGCGGCCCCAAUGCCACCUUCAUCAACCAGAACCUGAAUACCCUCUCCCCGAGCUCCGACGCCUUUUCCCACUCCCAACUCGAUAAAGACGGUAGCGGCCGUGGUGCCACCAAUGGCGUACCUAAGCGACCUAAGCGUCCCAGCAAUGCCUUCGAGAUAUACUGCAACGACACGCGUCCUCUCCUUCAAGCUCAACAUAAGGAUAAGAUCGCGGCGGGUGAGUUCCGUGUCGAGGAAGAGCUUGCGCGUGGAUGGAAGGAUCUUCCAGAGAAAGAGAAGGAAGAGUUCCAGGUCCGAUACGAGCAAGAACUAUCGCAAUACAAGGAGGCUGUUGAGGAGUACAAACGUAGUGCCAAGGAGGCGGCGCGCUCGCGUUCCCGUGGUCGUGAUAGAGACCUCCUUGCUACCAGCAACAGAAUGCGAAGUGUUGGUCUGACAGGAGGAUCAGGAGCUCGCGCGGCUCGUUUCGAAGAACCUCAAGAUGAUGAGGGAGACGAGGAUCAAGAUGUUGAGAUGGCGGAGCCCGGUGAUCCUGAACCCGCCGCCGAUCAAGAUACGGAUCCUGAGACUGAGGUUGACGAGAACGAUGGCGUUGUUGAUGAUUAGGAUCUCGUCUUGCAAUUAGCCGGUUGCCCCCCGGGCUCCUUGUCCCUCAUCUUAGACGGCACCGGCAACUAGAUCAACAACAAUACCUGCAAUUACAUACACGCACCUAUACCGACUCAUGAAGCAAAAUGGGUGUCUCAUAACAGAACUCGAUGGCUUCUCAGAUUGGCAUCACUCAAGUGAUAGAAGUGAUACCGCAUAAUCCUACGUUUACCCACGGCAAAAAGGCGUUACGGUUACGGAAUUUGGUCAUCGAUGUACAGUAUCCGGCGAGCUGGGAAAGCUCAGGUAAUCAAGAAGUGAGGAAGGAUUUGAUACGGCAUCUUGAGUUUCCGUGAAAAGGGUAUCCCUUCUCAAGGGAAUAUGGCAUUAUAGGGUUAGGCACGGAUGAAUCAAAAAAUGCGGCGCUUUUUGCGUUUUUAUCAUAAUAUGAAUUUUGCUGUGGAUGUGAUUUGUUUGUGUUAUGAAACUUCGGUGUCUGAAUGAUUUUGUUGUCGGGGCGAUUCCCACGCGAAGUUGGGAGAAUGUUACAUGUAAUGUAUUCAAGCUAAUUGUGAUUCUUCGCGGGGAUUAACUAAUAACACCGAUACAGCUCGAGCCAGG